CACAUUGGUAGAAAUGCUCUAAAAUAUAAGGCGGACCUUGCUUCGCUUUCUUCCACUCCAUCACUGUUAUUAUUACUUUCAAUUUCCACUUCCAUCAUCUUCAUCUCUCUCACAUCUGAGCUCCAUUUCCUCAUCAUUCAACCAUGACUAAAAAGGUGACAACAAUGAAGCUCAAGGUUGAUCUCCAGUGUGAGAAAUGCUCCAAGAAGGUCAAGAAUGUUCUCUGUCAAUUCCCUCAAAUUCAAGACCAGGUGUUCGAUGAGAAGCACGACCUUGUGACGAUUAAAGUGGUGUGCUGUAGCCCAGAGAGGAUUAGGGAUCAGCUUUGCUGUAAAGGUGGUGGUGCCAUCAUGAGCAUUGAAAUUGUCGAAUCAUCGAAGAUCGAAUGUCCUCCUGAGCCCAAGUGCCAGAAACCUGUUGAUCCGGGAAAGCCCAAGUGCCAAGAUGAAAACCCCACGACUGAACCCCUACCGUGCCAGCUGAAUCCACCGGUGAAACCGAUAACAGUUCCAAAUAGAACGUGUUGUGCUCCAUGCUAUGAAGGCUGGCGUAGUGGGCAAUGCCAUGAGGGUUGUGGUCCACCCAAGCCAGGACCAACACCCAUUCCGAACAGAACAUGCUGUGUUCCGUGCUAUGAAGGCCAUCAUGGUGGGCCAUGCUUUGAGAGUUAUGGUAGGCCUCCAACAUGUUAUGGAGGGUAUUUUUAUGCCAGGCCUGCUUGUGACAGCUAUGGUGGAGGACGUCAACCUUGCUACGUGAGCCGUUGUGAACAAUACGUCAACGAAGAUAACGUGACAGGAUGCACAAUAAUGUGAGCUAAAGGCUCAUUAUUGAUGUGGCCUUGUGUGGAGGAUAAUGAAUAACGAUAUAUUGCUAUAUAUAGAGUUAUAUAUAUGUGUGUUUUAAUUUCUUUGUUUAAUCAAAUUUAUGAAUUCUUGUAUGGAUCCUCAUGAGUCAAAUCAAAUAAAUGUUCUUUGUUUUUGUACUAAUAAAAAUAAUUGUUAACAAUGGUUCAUAUGAGGGGGAAAAUGCGGGUUGUUUAUAUAUGUUUUACAUUUU